UGCCCAUACAGGUUAUACCGUGCGCAUGUUAGCGCUUUCAUCUAGAUAUUCUGUGUAUAGAGACCUAUAGUUUCGAUCGUUCCGACAUUUUAAAAUUCUUGAACCACCGGCAAAUCGCCGGCGAACCGUCAUCGUCCGUCACGUUGCGACGUCACGCCACGUUCUCCCCCACCUUCGCGGAAACUUGCUAAGACUAUAUAAUUUUCUUUCGUUUCGUUCCCAAUCCUUCGCGGCUCGUCGGCACCGUAUGGUCGUGUGUUCUGUCUCGACUCUUUUACAGAUUAUUUGCAAAUUAAUUAUGGCGGAGAACAACGAGCGUACUUUCAUUAUGGUUAAGCCGGACGGCGUGCAACGUGGUUUGGUCGGCAAGAUUAUUCAACGAUUCGAGGAAAAGGGUUUCAAACUGGUGGCUAUAAAAAUGUUGUGGCCCAGUGAAGAACUUUUGAAACAGCACUAUGCUGAUCUGGCAUCGAAACCUUUCUUCCCAGGAUUAGUCAAAUAUAUGAACUCAGGACCUGUUGUAUCGAUGGUCUGGGAAGGUUUGAAUGUUGUGAAAACUGGCCGUGUAAUGUUAGGUGAAACAAAUCCUAAAGAUUCUGCACCUGGCACGAUACGUGGUGACUUUUGUAUACAAGUUGGACGUAAUAUCAUUCAUGGCUCUGAUUCUGUUGAAUCAGCCAAAAAGGAGAUUAAUUUGUGGUUUGGUGAAAAGGAAGUGAUCGACUGGACACACGCAUCUGAAAAAUGGAUCUAUGAAUAAAAAUCUGUGGCAAAUACGAACAUUUUUUUAGAGAAUACUAUCUCUCUAUAAAUCUUUCCUUAAAAGGUCUUCCCAAACCUACUGCCAGUCAAAUUGUGUACAACCAACUAAAAUCAUCAAGAGCAAAGUUGAAAUUCUAAAAACAAUAUACAAGUUUGU